ACUUGGGAGUUUGUGUUCAGGGCGAGGCUUAUUCUGUUCGGUUCCUGACCGUGAAUCGGCUCUCUGAUUCCCCGUAGCGAUCAGCCGGAGUGCUACAAUUGUCAGUUUCACUAGUGUGUCGCUUUUUUAAAGCUUUGUUUUCGGCUCCAUGUUGAAGUUUUUGCGUCCAGAGCACAGGGUCUCAUAGCCGCGCACGCCGCGAGCCCGCACUCCUCGCGCUCCGCGCUGAUAUUGAACACAGCGCCGCUCAGACACACGCAUAGCUCUCGCCUGAUUUGCACCAGCGCGGGUCAUUUCAGGUUAAACCCUGGCGCUGUGUCCCGUUCAGUUUAGCCGACGGAGAUCGACACUGAUUCCAGGUGAGGAGGAAUGCACAGGGAGCGGGACUCCAAAUAAUAUUUGGAUACGAGGUUCGUCUUGCAUAUGCGGUGUUUCUCUCGGGGAGCUCAGCAGCUCCUCAGCGCUGCCUGGAGUCAGAAUUCACCACUUCCUCUGCUAGGUAGAUACCCAGAUGUCUGAGGAGGCUCUGAGGAUGACGUCUUGGCCUUGAACCCCACCAGUAUGUCAGAGCCAGCAGAAAAAUGCUCCCCCCGCUGGAAAGAUGAGGCCAUGCAAAAUGGGUACAUUCCAAGUUACCUAGACAAGGAUGAGCUAUGUGUAGUGUGCGGGGACAAAGCCACAGGCUAUCACUAUCGCUGCAUUACCUGCGAAGGUUGCAAGGGUUUCUUCAGGCGGACGAUCCAGAAGAACCUCAACCCAACCUAUGCUUGUAAGUACGAGGGGAAAUGUGUCAUCGACAAAGUGACCAGAAACCAGUGCCAGGAAUGUCGCUUCAAGAAGUGCAUUGCGGUGGGGAUGGCGACCGACUUGGUGUUGGACAACAGCAAGAGGCUGGCCAAGCGGAAGCUAAUCGAGGAGAAUCGGGAGCGCCGUCGGAGGGAGGAACUGCAGAAGACGGUGUGGGACCGACUGGAGCCCACCCAGGAGGAGUGGGACCUCAUCCGUAUGGUGACUGAGGCCCAUAUGGCCACGAACGCCCAGGGCAACCACUGGAAACAGAAGCGGAAAUUCCUGAGUGCAGCGGGGGUGAAGGAAACUAAGCCUGAGGAUAUUGGUCAAGCGUCCAUGGUCAAUGCACCUGAAGGAAACAAAGUGGAUAUAGAAGCCUUCAGUCAGUUUACAAAAAUUAUCACCCCUGCCAUAACCCGAGUGGUGGACUUUGCCAAAAAACUGCCUAUGUUUUGUGAGCUGCCUUGUGAAGACCAGAUCAUCCUGCUGAAAGGUUGUUGCAUGGAGAUCAUGUCACUGCGAGCUGCUGUUCGCUAUGAUCCAGAGAGCGAGACCCUCACGCUGAACGGCGAGAUGGCGGUCACACGGGGUCAGCUUAAGAACGGAGGCUUGGGCGUAGUGUCGGAUGCCAUCUUUGACCUUGGCGUGUCGCUGUCCUCCUUUAACUUGGAUGACUCUGAGGUGGCUCUCCUACAGGCUGUCAUCCUGCUCUCAUCCGAUCGGUCGGGCCUGAGUAGCGUGGAGCGAAUCGAACGCUGCCAAGAGGAGUUCCUGCUGGCCUUUGAACAUUACAUCAACUACCGCAAACACAAAGUGGCGCACUUCUGGCCCAAGCUGCUAAUGAAGGUGACGGACCUGCGGAUGAUCGGCGCCUGCCACGCCAGCCGAUUCCUCCACAUGAAAGUGGAGUGUCCCACCGAGCUAUUCCCUCCUCUCUUCCUGGAGGUCUUCGAAGACUGACCAAUGGAUUUUAAUGUAUGCGUGUGUGCGUGCAUGUAUGUGUGUGUAUGUAUGUGUGCGCAUACAUCAGCUCCUGGGAACCCUGGUGGUCUCAGGGAUGGAACCAGCAGAAGGCCCGUCACAAUGAACUUUCUAUUAGCACUACUGAGUGUCACUUCAUUCCAUAGUUUAGGAGUAGCUCUCUGGCCUAGUUUUGGAUGGAACCAUUCCUUACAGUGCGGGUACAUGUGAAUAGCAUUUUGUUCUGUUUUUUUGUUUUGUUUUUUUUUGGUCUGUUUUUGUUUUGUUGUUGUUAUUGUGGAUAUAACCUCUCACCUCGGAUUUUACUCUAGAUUUUUUUUUUGUGUUGAUGAUUGUACAGUUGGCAUAAUGGUGAUUUUAUCAACACUUGGACAUUCAUUAGAAACCAUGCAAAUGUUGAAUUUUCCCUCCUUUUUGUUGAAAAACUCAAAGUGGCUGCUCACCUGAUAACACACAAAACAAGACAUUAGCGAUCCGGUAGCCUUCCCCCACCUGCUCUACUUUAUUGGACCCAUUUGAUGGUCAGUCCGUACGUUAGCUGUCAUAUAGUCAGUCAUCCACCUGGUGAGUGAACUGUUCAUUGCCUCACCAUCAUACUGUGACCCGAGCACUAACAGCAGCACUCAUUCUAUGAUAGACAAUAGACAACAGCCCACGGGCUUUGAGGUCUCUGGGUAGCCACACAUCGCACCGUUAAGUCGUAAUGCUGCGUUCAGGAGAUGUCGCAAAAUCCGAAUUUUGCAACAGGGCAUCAACUCAAGGCAGAACUCUGAGGAAGAAACCUGGGCAAGAUUUUGCAAAAUGAACUUUUCUGAGAAGCAGUCAUUUGACAUGGCAUCCACGCUGUUAACACUACACAACCAUACUGUUAAACUUGUUUGUCAUCCUCAAAACCCACAAGCUCAUCGUUCAGUAAAGUUUGAGCGCAAUUCUGCCCGAUACUUAGUUUAACAUGGAAUUUUCAGAUGUGACAGUAAACUGACAGUUAAUGCUAAUGUGCUGUGCUAACUGCCUAGCAAACAUUGCUAAAUAUCGUGGACGACAUUAGCCGUUGCAGUACGACAGCAUUUUAGGGUCAUUGCAAAAGAAACAAAAAAAAGUUCUAUUCAUAAAGUGGAAGUGAGUGAUAUCUUAAAAAAAGAAAAAAAAAAAAAAAAGCUGCCGAGUUGUAAGUCACUUUGGACACAAGCAUCCAAGCGAAUGUAAAGAAUAUUCCUAUGACACUUAAGUCUGAAAUAUGCAAGAAAAAACAAACAUUGCUUUGCCUUUGACAUAAUGCGUGUUCUCAGAUGUGGAGAACGGCAAACCAAACUCCAUUCAAAAAUCCGGUAAUUUAAUCACAACCUAUUUUCAAAAGGAUCAGGUCCACAUUGCGGUUUACAUGUGGUCCACCAAGCAACUCUGAAUUCAGAUCUAGACUGUCCGAGAUGUGUCGCACUGUUCACAGAAAAAGAAUAAAGGAAGCAUAUGAAAUAUCAGGCAAUCCAGUUCUGAAUUUCCAAAGGGCUGCUUCAUGGAUAUUAGCUAUGCUGACACGAGUAGUGGAUCGAAUGUAACAGGGCUGAAAUAAUAUUCUAGAAGAGUUUAUUUUUGCCAAUCAUGAGAUAGAGACUGGAUGUGUAUUACUUCUUACCAAACUUUUGAGUUUCCAGAGCUCCUCACCAAUGUCCAACAAAACAGAUUGUUAAUGCUUUAUUUUAUAUGACAAAUGCAGAACUGCAACCACGAGUCAAUUAGCUGAUCAACAAAAAAAUAAUCUGCAACUAUUCUGACAAUAAAUUAAUGAUUUAAGAAGUUUGUUGAGCAAAAAUGCCAAAACGUUCUCCAGUUCCAGCUCUCCUUUGCUUGGAUUUUCUGCUUCCUUUAUCUUAUGUGACAGUAAAUUGAAUAUCUCAGAUAUCAGAUAAAUGAAUGACGAAUGGUUAGUUGCAGCCCUAAACAAAUGCACUUGGAAUGGCAGAAGUAUUGCAGGGCUCAAAUUUUGCUUCUUCCGUGGCCCUAAUACGCCAACGUGUUGGAGCUGCAUUUAAAAAAAAACUAUCCAAUCAAAGAAAAUCUUACUUGUGUCGAUGUUCCUUGCCUUUCUUUUUACAAACUGCACAUGGAAACACACAGAGGUUGUAAUUCCAGCCUACCUGCCGGCGAUUCAGGCUUCCAACACUGAGAGGGAGGCAGCAGUAGCAUAAACACGAGCGAGAAGAGUCAGGACUAACUAAAGCACAUAAUGACACUGAUGUCAGGAAAAGACAAUCAUAAUAGUACUUGUUUUUGUGUAACUAUGCCACAUGCUGUGCCAAAACCAAGUGAAUGAUGCCCUCCUUAUUGAAUCCCCGCUGGGCUUUCAUAGCGAUACCAAGACUGGUUAUUCUAGUUAGUGCAUGCCGCUCGCACGCAGUCGUCCUUCUGACUCGUGUGUUAGUCCACGUUAGCAACUUCUAUAAUACAACCGUUAAUGUUUCAUCUCGGACACGUCGCCGCACUCGUCCCACGUAGGAUGAUUUCAAGUGUUUUGUUCGGGGUUUUUGUAGAACUCUGUGAAAACGGCAGACUGGAUGUUAACACAGUGACGUCAUGGUGCUGCGGGGGGGGGGGAGGGGGGCUGGGGAGAUGGCUGAUUGAACUGUAUCGUUGCUCACAUGCAGAAAUGAUUAUUAUCUGUUUGCAUAACAGCCUCUUAUGAUGGCAUGCAUUUACACUAACGCACACACACACGUACAUACUUACAGUACACACAGCAUAACUGUACACAUGCACAUAUAUGCAUAUAUGCAUGUGCCUGGAUAAGAUAUGGGUCAGACCCCACCACUGUGACCAACUGGUGGGAUUUGGAGGCCAAGUGAGCAUUGGCUGGCCCAAAAACAGUAUGAUUUGUCAUCAGCGAGGCACACAGAAAGCUGGUGAGAUUGUGAAAACGUAGCGAUCUUUCCUUUCUUUCAUUUCAGCCGGUAUGUUCUUCUUUUGUUGUUGUUCUCGAAGCCUCUCUUUGCUAUUGUCGUUUGCGAUGUGACAAACAUUUGCUUUGUAUAUCUCGCUUUUUCAAGCUCCACACUACUCCUCAAAGCAGCUUGUGUGUUUUGUUUUGUUUUGUUUUGUUUUGUUUUUUUUUUUCUCUUUUCUGUGAAGUGAUGCCUUUUAUCAAAGCAAUAGACUUGCUGCAGUGUUUGAAUGACCCGGACCUCACACACACACCUCACAAACUGUACAGACUCAAAAUAAAUGCACAGACAAUCAGAGGGAGAGAGCGAACACGAGGACCGGCGCCCGGUCUCGGGCGGCCCCGGCGGACGUGCCGGGCCGCGCUGAGCCAGAGCCAUUUGGAAAAGCGGCAUUGGCCACGUUUACAUGCACCGCUGUCGUCCACUGUCCUGUUGAGGUCAUCACCAUGUUAAGUCGUUUGAUGCUGAGCGUGUCUGGUGCCAUUAAUAAACCAGUUAACAGAUCAGUCCUGGUGGAAAACAUGUUGUAAAAUCAAAAUGAUGUCCCGUUAGUUAGCAAUUGUGCUAAAGUAAUGUGGUUGCAGUUGCCACAGGAAGUGACAAGAUGAAGGAAAAUGAGAAUCAGCUAUCACAACCUCGGGCUGGUUGCACAAACAUGCUUACCUUAGACUGACCUAGAGUUAGGCCACUCUUAAUUCUGCUCUUGCUUGUCUGAUGGCCCUUUUCAACCAAAUAGUCCCAGGAACUAAACUCAGGAACUAAAUGAGGACCUUAAAGUCCCUUUGGUGCAUUUGUGUUUGCGUUUCCAUUGCAUGUGAAGAACCGUGAGGAUUAGACCAGCAAACUGCGCUAGCGUAUUCGACCCAAAAAGCAUGAAAAAGUGCAAUGAGUUUGCAACGCUGUCACGUGGCUGUCUUUUGUAGAGUGCUGCUGCAUGACUGUUUGAUGGUCUACCUUAGGACGGGACCACACUUACCUCUUUUUUAAAUUUUUAUAGACUUUUAGACUAGUCUCAGGAAUUCGGCUGCGUAACUUUGUUUAAAUGUCCACAACAUUGAAAGAAAAUUCCCACGCUAAGUCCCAGUAUCCUAGCAACACCGCUCGCUCGCUCGCUUGCAGUCUGAGUGGAAGCUGUGUACGCGCUGCAGCAGCUUUGAGGCUUGUGUUUGACCAGUCAGUGACAUGAGUGCUUUAACUCCACUCUGACAGCUGCUGGACCAUUAAUACGUACUACCUCAGGAGCAGGGGCUCUUUGGAGGGUGCAAACCGUGGGCCACACACCCAAACUGGAUCUACGUUCCUCAGAUCAAGUGUAGUUCCUGGAGUCCUGGAGUUUCUGUAAAUGUCUCUGGGUUCCUGCACAGUUAAAGGGCCGCGACAAGAGCUAAGACGCCUGCACAAAAUAAAAACAGUCGUUUCAAAGCAGCAUUCUUUGAUCUUUUUUUGCUUUUUUUGCCACUAACGGGCAGAAUUCCACAACGAGCAGACGAACACACAAGCUCGACUUUGUCUGCCAGAUGUUUGAUUUCUCCACCAGCUAGUUAGUACCUCUGUUUGAUGCUGAUCAGAGCUGUUUGACUGAAAAACAGCUGUCUGGAAACAGACUAUAACUUAAGACUAUACAUUAAACAAACUGCUGCUGUGUAAAACAAUGAGCUAAAAGAGCAGACUGCAGCAGAUUUAGGUAAGAUCGGUCUGCAGUGGCCACUUCCACGUUAAAGAUUUGUUGCUAUGAAAGAUAUUGAUUGGCCACUUCACGUCCAGGCUAAUUCAGUACAAUCAGAGCUUUUCACAGGAACAACCGCAGCGAUAUCACAGUUGAUCCCAUUAACUCUGCGUUAUCCUCCACCGUUUAUCCCCCAACCCACCGCCAGGUAUAUUUAGCACAAUUUCUAUGACACCUUUCCAGUUUUCUUUUAGCUUUUUCAAGUCAAGGACAGAGGGAUUAGUGGAACCAAGAACCCUCCUGCUUAGGGGCAGUGAAAAUUAAGAUAGACAGCAAAAUCUCAACCCACUGUGAGUUCAAAGAUUGCUCACAUUAGAUGGUUUUGUGAAAUCGGAGAAUUUUGACAUCAGUAUAAAGGGUGACUUUAAGUUAGAUCAUAUCAAAAACCUGCCUGUGCAGCCAGCCCCGGGUUUCUCGAGGCUAAUGAUCUUCCAGUUGAGCCACAAGUUCCACUUCAGAUUUUUGACAGAGAUGGCUGAGCUUUGUCUUCUGAAGCUGUUCCAGAGUAAUUGGAGCAUUCAUAGUCUGGCUAUUCCCUUUACCACAUCUGGAUUUUCAUAGAGAAACGCAGAAAUUCUUCCAAUCCAAACGGGCUGAUAAAGCAGACGUUACAGCAGUGUUCUUCAGUCGUGACAUUUCAGUUUAAUCUCAUUAGAAAGUGGUGUUUGGCAGUGCAGACAUGGAGUUAGCAUUAUUUUAGAGUUGUGUUUCUGGCGACCUGAUGAAUGUAAGACUAAUAUUCAAUCUCCUUCGGUCUUCAACAACUCCUGAGAAAAAUAUGUGGCUCUUCAGCUGCCACUGUAUGUGCUGCAUUAUGUUCACCAGCUUUGUCGCGGUGCUAUUUGAGGGAGGAAGGUAGCGUAGCCUUGGUUUACCUGAGCUUAAUUUAAAGGUGGUGAUGGGAAUAUUGAGGCACCUAAAACGUACAGUCGUGGGCCGUAAAACCAAAACAAUGAGCUGAAAGAGGCUAAAAUUCUUCAUUACUGCAAGGGACCCCUCCACAGUACAGGUAGUCAUUUGACUCAUUGUUAAUAUAAAAUUAAUAAUUAGCGCAGCUUUAACCCAAAGAACUAAAACUGAAAAAGUAAUUUUUGACCAAAUUACACGGAAAUACGAUUUUAAGGAAACAUUCUAAACUUUUUAUAACCUGUGAUGCGAAUGUUUGUAUUUUUUUUUUUAGGAUAUGUAUAGAGUGGCAUUAAUGGCCAUAAGAAUAUGUUGGAUUUUUACUUGUCACACACCAUAACCAUAAUUACUUGAAUUCUCAUAUGCACGGAGCUGUCGGUGCAUGUAAACAUAGUCAAUGCUGACUGGUGGUUCAGAAACUGUUCUUGAAGAGGCGCCAGUACGCUGUUAUCUCUCCCACGAGUUGUUACUCUUAAGGUUACUCAGUUACAAACCAAUAACAAGAGUUGCACCAUAGAAAAGCUAUUUUACAGUACAAAGGAAAAAAGGAUGUAUAUUUUCAGACUGCAGAUUUUUUUUACGGAUGUUGUUAGCAUAAAAUAAACAUGACAUUGUUUUGCAUAGCGUUAAAAAAAAAUACAGUAUCUUGCUCUCAAAUCCACUUCCACAUCUCUGCAAAAGAAUAAUGAGCAAGACAUUAUGGAUCAUUAAAAAAAAACUUAAAUUAGCGCAUUAGUUAUGCGAUUAAAAAAACAGUUAUUGCUGUAGCUGGACGUCACUGUCAGUACGAUGCAGCACAGCUACACAGGAACACAUUUAAGGACAACUUCUCGGUCAAAGUGUAACCAGCAUCAAAGACAAAGUCAUCCACCGUCGACACAGAUUUCUCUCCCUGCGUGUUUGAGUGUCUUCUUGUUCAACUCAUCUGUUCAACACAUACUGGAAACCUGUCGCAGAGGGAAAGGGCGGUAAGGUGUAGGAGGGAGUCUGUGGCAGCGAAACAGGAGAUGAGAUGAGAUGAGAUGCUGUUUUGCACUCUGAAUUUCACUGGAAACGCGGUCCAGUGAGCCUCUGUCCAGCUCUGGGCAGUGCUUUGACAUGAGCGUGGAGGGCCUUGAGGAAAUGAUUUUUGACGCUAUGAUUGAUGAUGAUUGCAGCUAAUGUGAAAUGGCUCUUGAGAAUAAAGAUGGUUUUGAGAGAA